UGGGUCCGCAACGCACUAGUCUCACAAGACGUCUGACCGAGCGGAGACUGGAGGAGGACUUUUUUCUUCUUCUUCUCAUUCUCCUAAAUAAGAGGCAAUUUUUAUUUCACACAGUUCCAGGGUUGGAUUAAAGACAAUCCAUUUGAUCUCUGCCGGAUGGGAUUUUUUCCUACACGAUUCAGAAACAUUUGGAUGCAAAUUUAUUUUGAGGUGGAUUACGUGUGCUUUCUUUUAAUCGGAAACCUUUUCUUUUUCAUUUUAUUUAAAAAAAAAAAAAAAAACUCAUGUUUUUCAGCGCCUGCUGCGUUAGAAAACCAGAGCCUGAGAGUGGAAGGAUUUUAUUAUUUUUUUUAAUCCAUAAUACAAAAGAUGCAACACGGCAGGAUUGUGUUUUUCACGCUAGUAUGUCUCGGUUCCUCUGCUGCUGUCAUAGCUUCAGGUUGUUUGGGAAAUGAGUGCAAUUUAGGCCAGACACCUCCAUUUCCUCCGCUGUCCCCCUCUGAGGUCAAAUCCCAGCAGCCCUCUCAAGAUCCCCUUGAUCAAUUUACCCAGAUUAAUUCGCCAAACAAUGGAGACCAUAAACACCGUGAUGCCAACGCCGUCAUGCCUUUCAUCGGCCUCACCAACACUGCUGAGCAGAGCCGAAGCUGCUGUAAGAAUGGAGGGACCUGUAUUCUGGGCAGUUUCUGUGCCUGUCCUCCAUUCUUUACUGGUCGGAGCUGCGAGUACAACCAGCGUAUCAGGCACUGCGGUCUGAUUCCACAUGGUGAAUGGGUGCGGAAGGGCUGCUCAUACUGUCGUUGCGGUUUCGGUUUUCUGCACUGUUUCCCCCACGUCUUCCACAAAGACUGCGAUGACUCUGAGGAAGUGCAGUGGUAUCAUUCGUCUGCUGUCAGGACACUUCAGAAUAGCUGUAUAUUGAGUCUGACACUGCUUCUACUGUUUCUCCUCCUAUGAUGAAUAUAUAUUUUUAAGGCAGGAAAAAAACAAUACAUCUCCAAAGAUAGUCUGAGCUCCAAAAGUAUAUAUUUAUUUUAUUCAAAUGAAAUGUUUCAUAGAAGAUACUGUAGAUAUGUCUCUGGGGGAAAAAAUGAAAGCCAGACGUUGUUCUUCAUGAGCGAACUCUUUCAAACCCCGAUGAGUAGCCAUAAAGUUGAGCGACUGGUGUGCUUUAUGGCCUAUGGAGAUGCUUGAUGAUGCUGACACUCUUUUUCAGCAGUGAUUGCUAUGUGACUACAUUAAACAAAAAACAUGUUAUGAAAUGUUCGUCACUCUCGGACUUCAACAUUGAACAAGCAUGGUUUAUUUCCACACAUCCAACCACAAACCACCCCUAUUUAUUCAUGUUAUUUCUGUGUCUUGGAAACAACUGUACAUAAAAGCUUCAUAAAAAUAUAAGUUUUGGAGGGUAUUUUUAUUUUUGAGGCUACUGUUUCAUGAAGGAUUGUGGCUUCUGUUUGCACAAGGGAUGAGUUGAUGUGACACUUUAUCCAGGGAAUAUAACAGGGUAUAAACUUGUAUGCACGGUUUAUUAAAUUUGUUACAAAAGCAUGGUUUUUGGUUUUAAUGUAUAUGAAUGAGUGUAAA